AUGUUCACCUCGGUGAGACGAUAUGUCUACCACGAUGUCGUCCGAUUGGAUGAUCUUGAGAAGCUUAUUGAUUGCUCUUAUAUUCAGCCUUACACCAUAAACAGUGCCAAAGUAAUAUUCUUGAAUCAGAGGCCUCAGUCAAGGCCUUGUAAGGGCUCUGCCAACAUCUGCCUCACUUGUGACAGAAUACUCCAAGAGCCAUUCCAUUUCUGUUCUCUUUCAUGCAAGGUCGAUCACAUGGUGUUUCAGGGGGGAGAUCUUUCGAGCAUCCUAUACCGAUUCAAUGAAUCUGAUUUCGCGGCAUCACAAUUCGAGGGACUACCAAUGGAUGGCUCUGAUCUUCUUGAUGAUGGCCAAAUCACCCCUAACUUCAUUCUAGAGGACCCAUUACAGUUGAAGGGCUCAUCUUGCUCAAGUGACACUAUAGGAAGCUCAGGCAUCUCACAGAAUUCUGAGGUGGUGAAGAAGAAGAAGAAAGGGAGUGGUUUCCUCCCUGGCAUUGUUCUCUCAUUGAGUAGGAGAAAGGGUGCUCCUCAUAGAUCUCCUCUUUCUUAAUUGAACAAUUUGGAAAUUCAAAAAUAAACUUGAGAAGCUCCUUAAUUACUGAUAUUAAAUAUGCACUAUAUGUUGCUUACUAUUAGGAUUAUCUUAUGAAGAUGAUGAAUAUAUAUUUACUGUAUUGAGGCAUUUCGCCUUCUUCUCGGAGCGAUUCUGUUACAGACACCCUCUGGUGGCCAUCGGGAGCCAUCAAUUUUGUAUGAAUGUAGUGGAAUUUGCAAGUAAAUAUAUAUGAUAUAUAGCAUAAAACCAGUUUAA